AUGGUCGUGACGCAGAAACUAUACCCCCGCGCGACAGUGAAGCGCAUAGUCAAAGCGCACGCGGGUCGCAACAUCAGCAAGCACACAGAUGUCCUGGUGUUUCUAGAUUAUAUGCUAUUCAUGCAAGAACUCAUGCGCGAAGCGUCCAUUCGAUCGAGGAAAUCCGGCGAGAAAAACGUUUCGGCGAGGAGUAUUCGCAAAGUCACCGAGACUACCUUGCGGAAGAUGAGGGGGUGA